UGUGGCAGUUAUUUUGCCGCUGGGGGCCGUCCGCGGUAGAGGGCUGUGAGGUGGCGCCGGCGGCCGCGUGCGGGUGGUGCCGGCCCCCUACCGCGCUGUCUCGGGAGCUCGUCUCUGGCUUGUUUGGCAGGGCUCUUCCCCGGGAGCUUUUCCGCGCGGCUAAGGCCUGCAGCGCGCCCUAGCUCGUGCUUCCGCCGGGCACCUCCGCCAGCCUCCCGGGGUACCUGGGGCCGCAGGCGGCCCGGCUGAACCCCGGCUCGAACCUUCUGUCCCCUACCCGCGGUGAGCCCGGCCCUUCCGCAGCGGCGCCAUGAGCGCAACGGACUGUUCUCCGGGGACCUCCCCUCGCUCCAGAAGGCUGGCAACCCCCCAUGUCUCAUCCAGAUAUGCUAAUUCCCAGUCUCCAAGUCAGGAGGACUUUACUCCUCUCCCUUCAAUCAAUGAGCGCUUGGCCUUUCUCCGUCCCUCCCGCGAGCUGCUGGAGUACUACCGCAAGAAGAUUGCUGAGUUUGAUGAGGAACAUGAGGAUUUGGCAAAAAGGCUGGAGAGAUACAAAGAAACAUAUGAUGAGCAGCACAAAUUGCAAUGGGAAGUAUGUCAGCGAGAAGAGGAGAUUGCAGAGCUGCAAAAGGCUUUGAGUGAUAUGCAAGUCUACCUCUUCCAGGAGAGGGAACAUGUCCUCCGUCUUUACUCAGAAAAUGACCGGCUGAAAAUCAGGGAAUUGGAGGAUAGAAAAAAAAUUCAGCAUCUCCUGGGUUUACUGGGAACAGACAAAGGAGAAGUUACGUAUUUUCACAAGGAGCCUCCACAUAAGGUUACUGUUCUGCAAAGGCCAGCUAAAUCCAGAGAGUCACACGAACGAGAUGAUACUUCUAGAACAGUAGGCACCAAGAGGAGCACUUCAAAACCAGCAGCAAAAGGAGAGAAACCAGAAUGUCCUGAGAGAUAUCAGAGAGAUAAUCAAACACUUCUACUUCAGGUGGAGGCCCUGCAAGCUCAGAUAGAAGAACAGACACGAUUAUCCAAGGAACAGGUUGAGGCACUGCUAGAGGACAGGCGCAUUCACAUGGAGGAAACUCAGGUCCAGCAUCAGAGGGACCAGGACAAGAUCAAAACUAUAACAGAUAAACUCCAUAAGACCCAAAAUCUCUUAUAUGAGAGUACCCGUGACUUUCUCCAGCUCAAGUUUGAUGCCCGAGCCAAUGAGAAAGCAUGGAUGGUAGAGAAGGACAGUCUGUUAAGGAAACUGGACAAAGAUCUGGAUCAGCUUACUGUCAGCACAGAGCCAGGAAGAGAGAAGAAGCAGAGACAUACCAAGAAGAUGCUUCGAGCAGAUGAUGGAGCUUGGAAACUCCACAGCAGAGAAAUAAAGUCACUGCAAGAACAGCUAAUGCAGGAACAGCACCUAUCAAACAUGUAUAGAGAGCAGUGUGUCACCCUGGAAGGUGAGCUGGCUAGGAUUCGUGAGGAGGGAGAUGUUGGCAGAGAACUCUUUAAGGAACGCUCAGAAAAGAUGGGGAAGCGCCUCAAGCUGAUGACUCAGCGAUAUGAGGCCUUGGAAAAACGUCGUAAUAUGGAAGUGGAAGGCUUCAAGAAUGACAUUAAACAGCUUCGGCAGAAGCUGAAAGAUGUAGAGAAGCAGCUGUUUAAGGUGACUCUGAAUAUUGGACCAGACCAGGAUCUUGCAAUUCUACAUGAGGUCCGCCAAGGAAACAGACUAACCCGUAAAAUUCAAGGAGAACUAAAAAACUUAAAAGCAAAAAUCUAUGGUUUAGAGAAUGAACUACGGGUCUGCUGAAGCUGAGGUAUUAGCUGGCAUCCUAGUUUUAGGAACAGGACAUUGUAAGGUUGGAAUAGUCUUCAGGCUCCUGCCUGUCUGUUUCCUGGCAUCCAAUGACAGAAGGCUUGAGGAAAUCUGCAGUUAACAUUGUAACAUUGUAGAUGAGCCAUUCCUAAUGUGCCAGAUUAUAUUGCUGUUUCAGCUGAGAGAUGGCACCUGAUAAGACUGACACAGAAAGUACAUGAUGACUGAUAUAUCAAGAAUAUGCUUAUGACUUCAUCGUACCUUCUUAUCUGUGAUAGGGGUCAGUAUACUGGUCUUCAGCUUUAUUUGGAGCAUUUUAUAAACUACAUAUGAAAUUAAUAAUCAUGGGAGGAUCUAGUUCGAGAUCUGAAUUGCUUGAAUGACCUUUUCCUAUGUGAGAAGCAGCUUUUAAAAUGGUUUCAGUGAUUACUGUUUUGGUGCUUAGGCACUUCAGGAUGUAACUGGAAAUUAUUUUUUUAAAAAAGACCACAUAUAGAAAGUACAUACUAAAGUGUAUUACAUCUGACUCUCCCCUUGACAGUAUAACUGUUUUAAAAUGGCUUCCCUUUGCUUGAUUCUAACUUAAUUGGGACAAACCUGACUGAUUUAAUGUGAUGGGAAAAGAUAACCUGUUAUAGAACUCAUCUGUAAGAACCAGCAACAGCUACACUUGUUUUGAGUGCUUGGGAGGAAAUACUACACUAUAUUGUCAUUUUUCUCAUCCCCUUCUUCCCAUUUUAUCCUAACACACAGAGGAAGCCCAUAACUAAUGGCACUACUAUCUUCCUUAACAACCAUAUUACCUACCUUUGUAGCUUUAAACAAUAUCAUGGUUAUGUACCAACACAUCCUGGUCAACUUUUGGCACAGCAGUGGUUGCUAUUGAACUGUAACUGAAAUUGAGGUGGAAGAGCAGGUGCCUUAGGUUGCUACAUGAUAAAUAUAACUCUAGCUGUUUGAUUAUUAUCUUCGUACCAGCCAUCAGGACAUUGCAAUUCUAGAAAACAGAUGAAAUCAUGAAAAGGGUUACAACAUGGCUUCAGCCCAAUUUAUAGUUGUGGAUACUCAUGCUUUUACUGUAGUGUCAGCAAAUCUUGUCCACCUUGUAGACUGAGAGCAGAUCUGUAUUGGGAAAGGGAUUUCAGUGCCUCCGUUUCCUACUGUAUCUUUCCUACCUUGUUAAAUGUGACAGAAAAAAGAAUAUAAUCUUUCUGAAGUAUACACCUAGGCCACCAGCUCUUCCUUUCCUGUUGAAAAGAACUUAAGUGUGUGAAAGCAGGCAGUUUCUUUUGGACAUGGUAGUGGCCAUGGAGAUGCUCAUUUAGUGUUUGGGAGAGGUAAAUAUGCAAAAGCUAUUUGUGUGGUGUCAAGAUUUGGAGAAAAUUGUUUUUAUAGCACCACCUAAAGCGGGAGGGGAAAUUCUCUUAAGUAGUCAAGGCCUACUUCAAUUGUAUAUCCUUUUUGUGACAAGCUUGCUAUCCCUUAUGGUCCUGUACGGUGGCUUUUAUUUUGUAUGUGUUCUUAAGGUCAAAUUCAUCAGAGAGUUGAGUGUGGGUGGCUGACAGUGGUUACCUAGAUGCUCAACUACUACUACAACUUACAAGAGGCUAUCUUAAAGUAUGUUGCACUGAUUAGUUUAGCUGAAAAUGCUGAACUGGUUCAGAAACUGAUUCAUGAACAACUUGUGUGCCGAUGCUAUGCGGACAGUUAAGGAAGGUUAUUAAAUAAUGGUAUCCAUCAUUUAGUCUCGCUCUUAGUUGACUAGUACUUUCUCCUCUAAGUCUAGCUAAUUAAAAUGAGUUUGUAUGUGAAAUAACAUGCUACUGGUUUGAAAAUAAGAUAUCAGAGUUAUCACAGGUCCUGCAAGGCUGCUACAUAAUGAAGUAUUAGCCACUUAUUCAGCACUGAGUGGCUGUGAAUGGCAUUCAGUGAAUUUAGCACUUAUAUUCAGCUGAUGGGAAGCUAGCAAAAAGGACUCUUGAACCCAUAGAAAUAAAUGGGUUUCUGUUUAUUUUCAACUCUUCCAAGCUAAAGAGUUGCCUAUGAAAUUACAUUUUCCUCACUUGAAAGCCAUGAAGCGUGUCUGGAUAAAGACUGUAGGCUUCGACAUUCAGGUUUGUAAGACUAGGAGGAAAUAUUGGGGGAGAAGGGGGGGGGAAAGAAGGAUAUAGAGGUUUAAUUUCCUGUCUUUCUUACCAUUAUUCCUUAUUACUUGAAAGACUGAACAGAAUAAGAUGACAACAUUCCUUAUAUAUCUGCUGUUGUGUGUCAAAAUCAAGGUGCAGCAUGAACUUUUUUCUUAAUUUGCCACUAGGCUAUGAAUCCUUCCUAUUCGAGGGGGAGGGGGGAAAUUACAGUAGUGCUGAUCUGUAAAUCCAUUUUAUUUGGAAGCUUGGAUAUUUGUCCAAGGGCAGGAAGUACAAAGUAUUAUACAUGUUCUUUCUAUGUGAUGACAUGUGAUCAUGUGAAAUGUUGCUUUGUGUUGCCAAAACAAAUGUGAACCUUCAAGCCAAGAACUGCUUUAAAAAGCCAAGUGCGUUCUGCCACCAACAACUACCCUUUAAGAUGUCCGUAAAGAGUUAUUGGCAUUUCCAAAAGGGUUUCCUGGGAAAAGUUCCAAGACCUAUAUUAGUCAAUUUCCUUCCACAAUUUUUGGGUAGAAAACAAAAAAUGGCAUUUACUCCAAAGACAGAUUAGCUUUUUUUGCUAAUUUAAGUUAGUAAUAUGUGACUUGUAUCAUUUCAAUACCACUAAAUGCCAGGUUAUGUAUGUAGGAGCACUGAAUUUGAAAGAUCUCCAAAAUGGCUGAUUCUAGGAAUCCAGAGACUAUCCUACAGAGGAUUUAAGGUUAGAACUGGAUAAAUGUUCUUACUGCGAGCCAAGAUGCUAAAAUGUUUCUUGCAUAAAUAGGAGAAAAAUGAGAAGUAGGGGAAAACUUUAUUGUUGUGGAGCCUUAUUUAGGUAAGGAAGGCAUGCAUACAUUUCAGAAAGGAUGUUGAAAUACUGGGUAAGGCACAGAACCACAGAUGAUUCAGCAGAAGAGAAAAAGUUGUGCAAGAGCUCAUAUUAUAUUACAUUAAGAAGACUGAUUAAUAUACAUGUAUCUUGAAGAUGGAAAAACUACUAAAGGCGCUUCUUUAUCCCAGCAGAGGAAGGCUGAGCAAGAACCAGUAGCCUGAACCUGAAGUUAAUUAAAAAAAAACCCCACACGUUUUUAACAGGAAGAUUGCACUUUUUUCCCCCUCAUUAUAACAAACUGUGGAAGUAACAAAUUCUCCAUUUCUAUCUUCAAGUCAAAAAACAAUUGCACCUCUGGAGAAGGUAGCUUGUUUUAAUAAGUUACUGGGUUUGACACAUUACAACUUAAUGAAAUAUAAUGACAUGAACUAACAGGAAGUAAUUUAAUGGUUCCUUCUGACUUUAAACCUAUGAUUUAUUUAUAUGCAAUAUUUGUAGGACUUUUUCAGCACUCACGCAGUUGCCUUAUUUAUAGGAAUAUAUGCUGUGUCAGCUCACCCUGCACAGCAAGGUUACUCAAGGUAAAAAAAAAAAAGCAAAAUAAAAAAACCCCUCAUGAUCUUCCUAUAGCACAACUUGCAGUAAUUCCCAAAUUAAUUGACACUGUGUGCUUAGAAAGGCCGAUGAACAGUGGCCACAGUUCUGACAGCUGUCAGAAUAAAUAAUAGUAUAGUAUAUACUUGUAUGCAGUGGCUGUACUUAAAUUGCUUACAUAAGCAGUAGUAUCAAUUCAGAAACACACGCAUUUUACCAGUAUGGAUGGACUGUGUGGGCAGCCUAAUAUUCUGGAACUGUAAUGGCUGUAUGUAGGCCAGGAAGUAAUUCUGUGAUAAUUAGAUACUUUUUUGAGACUAGCUGGGAACAACAUCCCUAUGUACUUUGUUCCGGUAGAUCUGUUUGUAUUUGUGAAAAGCUAUGUCAUUCAGACUUUUAAUUCCAGCUCACAAACACAUUUAAUUCUGCUACGCUCGAAUGUAUUUGUGCCUGCUGAGUCAAAAUCCUAAUAAAGAUGUCUCAUUUGUCCCCAAAGUGGCAUCAUAGCUCAUUUGUAUAUAAGGGACAUUUUAAGAUUUUUCUUCCCAGUUUUUCCACAACAUUUUGCUUUUAUAUUCCCAAGUUGCUUUGAAUUGUAAGAAAUAUCCCCUUUACCCCCUAAA